GGCAGCUAAAUGUGUAUUUCUUGGAUUUGGGGAGCAUCAGAAAGGUUAUCGUUGUUAUGAUCCAUUUUCUCAUCAUGUUCAUGUGUCUCGACAUGUCACAUUCUUUGAAAAUUUACUUUAUUAUAGAGUUGUCCAUGCAUCUCCUUCAGUUACCAUUGUUCCAUCUUCCAUUUCUCAUAUGUCUUCUUUUGAAGAUAAUCAUUCUAUGCUUCCUUCUCCCACUCCUCCUUUGCAAGUCUACCAACGCUGUGUAAAGCCUAUCUCUCUUGGGUCCUCUCCCUCAGCUGCUCCUGCUUCCAAUUAGUUGUCUUCUUCUCCUAUUGUGCAGGCAUCUACACAACCGUGUUGGGUAAAGGCCAUGGAUGAUGAGAUUCAGGCACUCGAAGAGAAUGCUACUUGGACGCUGGUUCCAUUACCUGCGAGAAAGCAGGUGAUGGGAAGCAAAUGGGUAUAUACUAUGAAAUUAAAAUCUGAUGGAAGCUUAGAUUGUUACAAAACUCGGCUUGUGGCCUAGGGCUAUAAACAUGAAUAUGGAGUUGAUUAUGAUGAGACGUUCACUCCAGUGGGAAAAAUGAAAACGGUCCGUUCCUUGAUCGUUAUAAGUGCUUCUAAAGGUUGACAACUCAGUCAACUCGAUGUCAAGAAUGCUUUCCUCCAUGGAAAUCUCAAAGAAGAAGUUUACUUGAAGUAACCUCCCUGUUACAAAUCCAAGGAUCCACGCUUAGUUUGUAAGCUAUCUAAAGCUUUAUAUGGACUCAAACAAGCACCAAGAGCAUGGUUUAAAAAAUUCCAUGUGGUGUUAACCACGGUGGGCUAUUCUCAAAGCCAAUAUGAUUCUUCAUUGUUUAUUCUCAAGAUUGAUUCAGGUCUAGUUGCUUUCUUAGUCUAUGUUGAUGAUAUUCUCAUCACAGGAAGUGAUGCUCAAGGAAUUGCUGAUCUCAAAUUAUUACUUCACUCCUCAUUUCAUAUGAAGGAUAUGGGGCCAUUAACAUAUUUUUUGGGUCUUGAAAUUUCUCGUAAUACUCAAGGUUAUCUCUUGAGUCAAUGGAAGUAUACUUGUGAUUUGAUCAAGCUUGCAAACCUUACAGAUAACAAGACCCAUGAGACUCCUUUGGAAUUGAAUGUCAAGUAUGAGAAAGAUGAUGGCGACCUUCUCUCCGAUGUUACAUCCUAUAGGCAGCCGGUGGGAAGACUAGUCUAUCUUACUAUGUCUCGUCCUGAUAUCUCAUAUGCAGUUCAUGUUGUUAGCCAGUUUGUUGAGGCUCCUUGCACAUUGCAUAUGACGGCAGUUCAUCGCAUUAUUCGUUACCUUAGAGGUACCCUCAACCAAGCGCUUCUCUUUUCAUCAUCGCCCGAUCUACAAUUAUCUGCUUACUCUGAUGCAAAUUGGGCAAGAUGUCCCAUUUCACGACGGUCCACCACGGGUUAUUGUGUUUUCUUAGGACAAUUAUUGGUUAGCUGGAAGUGUAAAAAGCAAACCACGGUAUCUAGAUCUAGCACAAAAGCAGAAUACCGUGUAAUGGUAGAUGCAUGUAGUGAAAUUACUUGGUUCUGGGGAUUAUUGAUAGAACUUGGGAUCCUUUUGUCUGUGGCGACUCCAUUAUAUGCUGACAAUCUUAGUGCGAUUCAGUUGGCUUCGAAUCCGAUAUUUCAGGAGCGGACUAAACACAUUGAAGUUGACUGCCACUUUGUGAGAGAAAAAUACACAGUUGGAAUCAUUUCUCUUCCUCAUGUGACAUCAGAGCUGCAACUUGCUGAUUUUUUUACCAAAACUAUGACAUCAUCUUGUCAUAGGUUUCUUCACGGCAAACUGAUGUUGGUUCAUUAUCCCACAUCAGUUUGAGGGGGGAUGUGAAUAGAAUAUUGUAUAUAUGGGUUGUUAGGUGUAAAAUACCAUAUAUAGAGAAGCUCUUAAAUAACCUUCCUUGUA